GAUCUUUCCAUUUCUUUAUUGUCAACUAAGAGUAUUCUUUAUCAUUUUUAACUCAUCUGCGUAGCAUUUUCCUACGCUAGUUAUUAUCAAGUUGGUCAACCUCAACAAUGAAUCAACAAAUGUGUAAAAGCUCUUUAUUUUCGUAUAUGUAUUGUUUUGAUUUAGCCAUUUACCUACAUUACCCCAUAUAGAAGCUAAUAUAAGAACAAAAGCUUUGGGUCUACCUCCAUUAUAUGUGAAAUUGGCCAACAGUAAGUUGCGAACUUUGAAUCAACAAGGUGCCUGUAUAAUAGCAAAGGAAACACACAAUCGCAAAAAUUGAAACACAAACUAGCGUAAAACCUUAAAACCUAAAAAAUCAAAUAAAAAAGUAGUGACAUAAAACUUACUAAGACUGCAAACAUGACUAGUCUGCCCGAAGUUUUUAAGCUAAACGUUUUUUGUUUGUUUGAGAUAUUUAAACAAAUUAAAAUGAAUUGCGAGACCAGCAAAAGUUUACAAAACAGACACAAACUAGUCCAGUAUUCAGAUCUAAUCAAUUUCGUCAUCUGUCACGAGGUGUUUACAAAAGCUUUCGAAGAAUGGAGCCAUUCUCUAUAUAAGUUCCUUGAGAUCGAUUAUGCCUUUUUAAAUACAUCCAAUUUGCUAAAAAUUGAUUUUGCCCAAAUAUACGAGACUCUCAAAAAGGUUUCCAAAACAGACAGAGAACUAUUUUGGAAAUUUUGCGCCAAUGCAAUCGAAGAGAAUGAAUUGCUGAGUUCGGUUACGCUUAUUUACCACCCAACCCGAUUCUAUCCCGAUCACUUGGAUAGUUUUGAGGCAGUAGUAAAUAGCCUUAAAAAUAAGAAAUCAUUGCGUACGCUUAUCGUGGAUGUUUCAGGAUAUAGUCUCCCUUAUGUGCCAUGCAUUACAACCCUGACGAAACUCGAACUGAACGUGCGAAUGGAGAUUGAAGACUUACUCCAGUUUUGCCAAUCGAAUCCAAAUCUACGCUUUCUGAAUUUCCACCAUACGGAGUUACAGGGUCGGCUAUCGGAUAUUCUUCCAUACUGCAAUAAACUGAACACCUUGGCACUCACAAUGAAGCCUGAUAUAGAUGCAUCGGAAUAUGCCGACGUUGCAAAACUAACGCAACUUAGACAACUUAGGCUUAAAGGUGUCCAUCAAGAGGGAACUCUUCUUGAGUUACUAAUGGGACUAAAACUCAAACGAUUGAUAACCAUAUCCAUUCCAAACAGUUUCCUUACCAAAGAAGAGUCACUAGCCGUAUCGGAGAUAAGCUCUCUAACCUCUGUGAUGGGCUCUUUCAAAAGAACUUCCAGCAUUACGGACAUGGCUCGACUGAAAAAUCUAACCCUCUUGUCGGUGAAAACUCAACCCAAUCAAUUGGACGCCAUGGAGUUUCUGGUGCCCUUCCUGUCAAAAUCUCGAAUAGCACUUAUUUCAGAUAGCUGCAAAUUGCUUAUAACACAUUUUGAGAAAGGAGGUAUUUUACGCAUUGUCUUUAGAAACGAAGGACAAGAAUUUGCUGAAGUCAACGCAAGUCUUAUAGCUCCUCUUUGCCAAUUGCCCAAUAUCCGCCAACUGAUCGUAUAUCCAAAUGUUGGCUCAACUGUGUGGCAAACGCUUCUUAGCGGAUUUGCUAGACAAAAGCCACAACUUCUUAGCCAUAUACUGUUUAGACAAAAAACACCUAUAAGCUGUGAGGAAGCAGACUCACUUGCCAACAUCCGGUCUCUAAGGACCAUUAACUGCGAUUUUUGUCAUAUGGAUCAGAUAAUUCGUGUAAAACUACAGCAGCUUGUUGGAAUUCCCAGCACAACAAGCCGAGUUGAUAGGAUUAAAACUGAAUUAUGUGAAGUUCACCUUAUCCACGAUAAUAACGAUGUAGCACUGAUUCUGGACUUUAUCUCUAGAAAUAUUAAAGCCGAUAUAUUUGCUCCCCUGUUCAACAUUAAAAACAUGAGAAAGCUCACAGUAAUUGGGAGUCUCAACACCAAUUUCCUAAGCGCUCUUCUCAGAAAUCUAGUUUUGAGUAAACAUGUGAUUCUAGAGGAAUUUGAAAUAUCUGUCGUCGACCCUGAAGAACUCCGAUUUCUGACACAAAUCAGUAGCUUGAAAAUCCUUAAGUGCGGCUUCUUCUGUUCCCGAAACCUCGAAAUUCUUGGCGAGUUGGAACAUCUUGAGUCUCUAACUAUAAAUGUCCAUCCAAAAGGUUCGCUGACAAGCCUUUUCCAAAUCCUGGGCCACAGAAACGUACUUAAAAGUCUCGUUUUCUAUAGAAGAGAACUAACAUCGGAAGAAGUGUCCGCAGUUUUGAGCAUCAAGUCAUUGGAGAAGUUGCAACUAGGAAGACAAAGACCCAAAAAUAAAUUUCAAUAUUUCAAAGAUGUUUUAAACUAUCGCAGCUGUCGAAAAUGUCGCUUAUCUCAUAUUAAAUUUUCUAGCGAUAUAGAACAUGAUAUACAUGUUAAAAGAGACAGUGGUGUUUCGGAGGCCGAUAUUGUUUCUCGAACAUACUUUUAUCCCGAUCUAUCCUUAAUUCCAAAGAAUUUGAAACUUUUGGCCAAUUUGCCUCAUUUAAAGGAACUGCAUAUUCAUGUUCUGUUUAUUUCCUAUUGCAUUGAAAACCUUAUAAAUGCACUAGUUAAUCCAUCUCAUCAAAAACUGCGCAAAUUAUCCUUAACUCUGUGCCCAUAUAAAGUCCAAGACUUUACAAAAUUAAUGAUGGCCAUUGCAAGUAUAGCUCUUCUCACAAACUUAAAUGAAUUAUAUAUUGAAAACCCUGAGGGCUUCCCAUUGCAUAGACUCCUCGAUUUAAUUAAAACAUCAGUUCAACUGAAGAGCUUAACACUGAAACAAACACUCAUUGAUUACGAGGCUUCUUUGCCUAUUGGGAAAAUGAUACGAUUGGAAAAACUAAUAGUGGGUUUUUCAAGUGAUGCGAGCAUCGAAGUAUUGGCCCAAUUGAGUAACCUGGAAGAUCUGGAGCUAUCUUCCAUCCACAAUAAUAUCGAAAAUAGUUUAAGACCUAUAUUUAAGUCAUGCAGUAAACUUAAGUCGCUUCUUUUACCAAACGAUUUGAGCAGUGAAUUUAUAGAGGCACUUUUGGUCAACAUAAAAUUGGAACGAGAUGCUGCAUUGCAACCUCCAUUGAUCUUGUAUUGCCCACGUAACAAUUCACUUGUUCCCGAAAAGUUGGAAUCUGAUGACGCAGCCUACUUAAACAUUGAGCAGGCACCUGACGAAAUGUAUCACAGAUCCAACGAUUUGGAACUUCAUGCUUUUGAGACACUUACUCCGAAAUAUUGGUGGUAAACACUAUGCUUUGAAGCGAACUGUUGUCCUUAAAGUUAAGACACACUCACCUCAUCCGGCCGCAAAACGAUCUUGGAGCAGGCCUCCACAUGGAACCGCACAAA